AUGUAUCUCCUUGGCCUCUGUUCCUUGGAUACAACAUCUGGAUGUCUGACGCUCUCCAACGUGACUCAUGAACACAGCGGCCGCUACACACCAGAGGUCAACUACGAUUUGGAAGACCCCACUGAAAUCCAGGUUAUCUGCAUCAUCACUGACGACCAUGGACCAGUUGAGUCUAGCUGGAAACUUGGUAACAAGUAUCGUCCUGGAAACACGUUAAACAUAACACAGUUGACGAGGCAGAUGUUCAGACUUGUUGUCUCAGCGCAGGUGGACAUCAUUUGCACAGAAAGCCUCGAUAUGAAGUUCAAGAUUGUUCUAUUUCUUAUUCUAUUGAAUGGAGCAGUCAUCUUUUCUGGUAAAGCAGACCCCUACAGGGAACUGGGCUCCUCAUUUGUCCUCUGUCCAGACUCCGUGACUCCUCCACUCACCAAUAUAACUUGGAAACAUGGAGUUGACCUGGCUGUGGACUGGUCUGGAGGCAAUGUCACUUUCUAUCGUAUUUCUAAAGACCACUGCUCCUUAAAUACAACAACUGGAUGUCUGACGAUCUCCAACGUAACUCAUGAUCAAAGCGGCCGCUACACGUCACAGGUCAACUACGAAGAUCAAAACCCCAUUGAAAUCAAGGUUCUCCUUCCAGUCCACAAACCCACUGUUUCCUCAAACUGCUACGAUGAAAAGUCCCACUGUAUUCUGACCUGUGAAGGCAACAUCAUUGAUGACCAUGGACCAGUCAGGCCUUUCUGGAUAAUCAGUUACAAGUAUCGUCCUGGAGACACGUUAAAAAUAACACAGGAGAACCAGGAAAGUUUCAUCCCCUGUGUGUUGGAAAACCCUGUCGGCUUUAAGCAGAGUGAAAUCCUGCCCAACCCUCUAAUCAGUACUCCAGUCCCCAAACCCACUGUUUCCUCACACUGCAACGAUUGUAGAGAUGGAGUUGAUUGGAUCCGUGUUAUACUGGGAGUCAUUGUGGCUUUCCUGAUUAUCGCGGUCCUGGUUCUCCUGUGGUGUCUGAAAAGAAGAUCAAACCCAGUAAAUUCAGGGAUGGAUUAUAUGCAGCUUAACACUGAUGAUGAAAACUACGAACCAACAGUUAGACAGGAACUGAUGAACACUGGCAAUGGUGACGACAACAGUGGAUCUGAAUCAGAUUACUAGAAGGAGAAGCAGCUGCUGAGGACCAGAGGAUAAACCUCCACCUGCUGAACCUCAUCAUCUUCAGGACUUCACUGCUGAGAGCUGACCUGGUUCAAGAAGAUGUUGCAACAGCUGUUGAACAGAAACGGCAGCUUGAAGAAAAGUAAAGAUCUGUAACUGUACUGUAUGUCUGAAUACUUUAUCUCAAGUUAUGAAGGGUUUUAUCUGCAGUGUCAACUUUACUCAGUGUUCCUGCUGCUUAACAGCUGUUUGAUUUCAUGGCUCUUCUAUUUAUUGUGGAGAUGUUACAUUUGGUGUUCAGUCAAGAUUUGAGAAUUUUGUAUUGUAAACUUUUCAAACGUGUUAUUACUCAGCUACUCCUUUCAUGCCUGUCUGACUUCAGUGCUCUUACUUUACCUCUGAAGUUUGGGGCACAAAGCUGCAUAACCAACGUCAAAAGAGGAGGGAGGGAGGUCAGCUGACUGGCUGCAUCUCCAAAUCCAGCUGCAGAGAUGUGGUUCAAAAGAGAGCUGUUCUCCUGCACCUUUGUGGGAUUUUUAAAA